UUGGAGGAGCAUCGUAGUUUUUGGAUGUGUUGUUGUACUUGGCCUACAUGCAACUCUAACUGGAUAAAGAUGGAGGGUUCUUCAGAGUCUGCUUUUCAGAAUUCUGGAAGUUCCAGGGCUUUGAAUAGUUCUGGAGUCUCAGAUAGAAACCAAAGGGUUCAUUGUCCUGAAAGGAAUCCCUUCUCGGGUGAGGCAUCGCAGGAUUCGGGGUUUAAAAAGGAAAGGGAUAGGUUUCUGUUGGCUCCAGGUGAUCAGCCUAAAAUCCUGGGUGGUGGGUUUUCUGGGUUAUGUGAGGAUGAAGUGGAGGUUGACCCCUUUUAUGGUGCUGUAGAAUGGGGUGAUAUUAGCUUGAGGCAAUGGUUGGAUAAACCUGAGCGAUCGGUGGAUGCCUUUGAAUGCUUGCACAUAUUUAGGCAAAUAGUAGAAAUUGUUAGUGUAGCGCAUUCUCAAGGAGUUGUAGUUCACAAUGUGAGGCCUUCCUGCUUUGUCAUGUCGUCUUUCAACCAUAUCUCGUUUAUUGAAUCAGCAUCUUGUUCAGAUACUGGCUCGGAUUCUUUAGGAGAAGGAGUGAACAACCAAGGUGGUGAGGUUAAAACUCCAACAUCUCUCUGUCCCCAUGAUAUACUUCAGCAGAGUUUGGGAAAUGAAGAUUUUAUGCCUGUCAAGACUUCAACAACCACUGCUCGGUCAGAUUCUAGUUGCAUGCUGUCGAGUGCUGUGUAUGCAGCUCGAGCAUCUUUGAUAGAAGAAACCGAAGAAAAUAAAAUGAAAGAUAGGAGGAAGGACGAAGUAGAAGGGAAGAAGCAAUCAUUUCCAAUGAAACAGAUACUGCUAAUGGAGAUGAGUUGGUAUACUAGUCCUGAAGAGGUUGCUGGUGAAUCUAGUUCUUGUGCAUCAGAUGUUUAUAGAUUGGGGAUUCUCCUUUUUGAGCUAUUUUGUUCUCUAAGUUCAAGAGAAGAAAAGAGUAGAACCAUGUCUAGCCUUAGACAUAGGGUCCUUCCUCCACAGUUACUUCUAAAGUGGCCCAAAGAAGCUUCCUUUUGCUUAUGGUUACUGCAUCCUGACCCUAGUAGUCGGCCAACACUGGGGGAAUUGUUGCAGAGUGAGUUCCUUAAUGAACAGAGAGAUGAUAUGGAAAAACGUGAAGCAGCGAUAGAGCUGAGACAAAGGAUAGAGGAUAAGGAGUUGCUGUUAGAAUUCCUUUUAUUACUUCAACAGAGAAAACAGGAAGUUGCUGAAAAGUUGCAACAUACCAUCUCUUUUCUAUGUUCAGAUAUCGAAGAAGUGACUAAGCAGCAAAUUAGAUUUAAAGAGAUUACUGGUACCGAACUGGGGAGUGAUGAUCGUUCAGCAUCAAGUUUUCCAUCAAUGACAGUUGUUGAUAGUGAGGAUUCUGCAUGUCUAGGCACUAGAAAACGAGUCAGACUAGAGACAAAUGUUAAAAACAUUGAGGAAUUUGAUUAUGAUGGAGGAGAUGAUAAAAAACGUAAUGGAAGUUUUCUUUCAAAAAGUUCUCGGCUAAUGAAGAACUUUAAGAAACUUGAGUCAGCAUACUUUUUAACACGAUGUAGACCGGCCUAUUCCUCUGCAAAACCAGUGACUAGGCAUCCUCCUGUAACAAGUGAUGGUAGAGGGUCUGUUGUUUUGACGGAAAGAAGUUGCAUCAAUGACUUGAAACCAAAAGAGCAGUGCAGGGAGGGUGCAAGUGCUUGGAUAAAUCCUUUUCUUGAGGGUUUGUGCAAGUAUUUAUCAUUCAGUAAGAUAAAGGUUAAGGCUGACCUAAAGCAAGGGGAUCUUUUGCAUUCAUCCAACCUAGUAUGCUCACUCAGUUUUGAUCGUGAUGGAGAAUUUUUUGCUACUGCCGGUGUCAAUAAGAAAAUUAAAGUGUUUGAAUGUGAUUCAAUCAUAAAUGAGGAUCGUGAUAUCCACUAUCCAGUAGUGGAGAUGGCUAGCAGGUCAAAGUUAAGCAGUAUAUGUUGGAAUACAUACAUCAAAAGUCAAAUUGCUUCAAGUAACUUUGAAGGAGUUGUACAGUUAUGGGAUGUGACAAGAAGUCAAGUACUCUCUGAAAUGAGGGAGCAUGAACGGAGGGUGUGGUCCAUUGAUUUCUCGUCAGCAGACCCAACAAUGUUGGCAAGUGGGAGCGAUGAUGGUUCUGUCAAGCUAUGGAGUAUCAAUCAGGGAGUUAGUGUUGGUACCAUCAAAACCAAGGCAAAUGUAUGCUGUGUGCAGUUCCCUCUGGAUUCUUCUCGUUUCCUUGCUUUCGGUUCAGCAGAUCAUCGAAUAUAUUAUUAUGAUCUUCGCAACCUAAAGAUGCCGCUGUGUACUUUGGUUGGACAUAACAAGACUGUCAGCUACAUCAAGUUUGUAGACACUGUGAACCUUGUCUCAGCUUCCACAGAUAACACUUUAAAGCUUUGGGAUUUGUCUACAUGUGCAUCUCGUGUUAUUGACUCACCAAUUCAAUCAUUCACAGGUCACGUGAAUGUUAAGAACUUUGUGGGAUUAUCAGUAUCCGAUGGUUAUAUUGCCACUGGUUCAGAGACAAAUGAGGUGUUCAUAUACCACAAAGCCUUCCCCAUGCCAGCAUUGUCAUUCAAGUUUCAGAACACAGAUCCUCUUUCUGGUCAUGAAGUGGAUGAUGCUGCCCAAUUCGUGUCGUCAGUCUGUUGGCGGGGUCAGUCAUCCACCUUGCUCGCCGCAAAUUCCACAGGGAAUGUCAAAAUUCUGGAGAUGGUGUAG